AUAAUAAUUAUUGUUAAUAGCUGAAAGUUUGUAGCAUGUAAAAGACAUUGUUACUAUAAGCUGCAAGGGAAAGCAAUGGGCUGUGGGGCAUCAACUGAGGCACAGCAGCAGGUAGUCGGUUCAUACGACAAAACUGGUGGACAGCAGCCAGCGGACAAAAGCAAAAACGGUAAAGCUGACAAUCAUGAUAAGAAGAAAAAAGAGAAGAAAGCCAGAAAAGGAUCAGAUAGCAGUUCCAGCAGUUCUAGCAGUAGUUCAGAUGACUCCUCCUCAGAUGAAGAAGACGCUGGUGGGGAUGAUGUGAUCACAAGGACGCUACUAAAAGAGUAUCUUGAAAGAGAGAUCAACAUGCUGACGCUAGAGCUUACUCAACCCGAGGUUUUACUGAAACAGCUAUUAGAACAAAAAGAUCAGGCAACAGGACGAUUGGUAAAAAGUUCAAUGAUACUCAGUGAACAGAGGCAAGCUUGCAUGAAGGAGUAUAAAGAUCUAACGAAUCUGCAGCAACUAAUUCAACAGAAGCAAACAGUGAAUCAGAGUACUUGGGACACCGAGCAGAAAGAAUAUGUCGAAGCAUACAACAAGCACAAGCAGGUAGAGCAAGAGCACGAUACAUUAGAAAAACAAAGUCGGGAUAUUGACGAAAAGAUAAAAGUUACUAGUGAUCACGUGCAACGGUUACUGAAACUCAGAAAAAGACAGGAUCACAUUCUGAUAAAAGCGUUCGGUGGAAGUUAUGGUAGUGAAAAGGAAGCGUCUAUUGAGGAAUAUGUGGAUAAGAUGAAGGAAUUCAGGAAAAACAUCCUCAACACUAAAGCUCAGUGGGCAAGAGGUCUGGAUUUCACGAAGAUGGCAAACACACAGUACUGGCGCGCGGUCCAAGUAUGGACCAACAUCCUGACCCACAAGUUGCCCCACGUGCGGUGGCAGUACUGCGCGUAUGUUGCUAACUACCUUCAUGCCGCCUACAGUAACAGUAACCAGGCUGUCAACUGUAUGAAAGCUCACGCCCAGAUACCGUAUUUUACUGCAAAGAUGUUCCAAGAAGUUGACUUAUCUCGACGUAAUUCCUACACUGCGUGUCAGCCUCGCUUCCAUGCUACCUUCUUACAAUGGUUGUGGUACUACCAGCAGAAUGCGGCUUAUCUCGAGAAAUGGAUCACAAAGACACUUGCUCAAACCAUCGAGGGGGAUCUUAUCAAGGUUAAUGGCUGCCUCACGGUUGCUGAAGCCGAUUUGAGGGCUGAGCGAAAGCGUCUUAUUAUUCAGAAAGUCAAAGCGAAAUUCGGUGAUGAUGCUCAUAGCGAAGUGGCAGAACAGGAAGCAGAAGUAGAUAGACUGUCGAAGGAAGUGAGUGCAAUGCAGAACGUUUCAAUCCAAACUAACGUGGUGACAGUAUCUACUGGAUCUGAUAGUGGCAUAGAGAGCGGACAAGAGGAAGUGGGACCCCCUCCUGCUCCGGGCACACAAAGUGAGGAGGAUGUCACUCAGAAACACGAGGAUGUAGGAAAUGAGCUUAGCGUCAGUUUAAAUCCUGGAGAGGUUGGGUUGGGAAUAGAGUUUACCGGCGGGAAUGACGCUCAAACAUCUCCCGGAGAUAAUGGAAUAUACAUUCUUCGACUCUCACCAAAAGGAGCAGCCGCUAAAGAUUCCGUUCUUCUGGCUGGAGAUAAAAUCGUAUCUGUAAAUGGCGUUUCAUUGGAGAAUGUAUCCCACGCAGAAGCUGAAGAAGCCCUUUAUAAAUCUGGUGAAACCGUUGUGGUAGUUGUUAUCAGAACUGCACCUGAGGCUGCUAAAGAAACAGAUGCUGCAGAGCUUAGCGCUGCUGCUGAUGCAGCUUCAAAGCAGGCUGAGGAAGAAUCCAGAAAGCGAGCAGAGGAAGAAAUAGCUGCUAAAGUAGCAGAGGAAGAAUCGAGAAAGCGAUUAGAAGAAGCGAAAGAGAAGAUGGCUGCUAUAGAAUCAGCAACAGAGUUGCUGGAGGAGGAGAAGAAGGAAGCUGAGCGAGCUGCUCGCGAAGCAGAAGAGGGGAGAAUCGCAGAAGAGGAAGCAGCAGCGGCACAGGUGGCUGCUGAAAAGGCUGCUUUGGAAGCUGUCGCUGAGGAGAAAGAGCAGAUGUUACUGGAGGCUAAACAGGCGGCGGAGGUGGCUGAGAAGGCAAAGGCAGAGGCUCUCAUGUGGACUCAAAAGGCGGAAGAGGCUGCAAAGAAAGCAGGUAUGGAAUUGGAAGCUUCGAAACGGGCAGCCGAGGAAAGGAUUGCUGCAGAACGAGAAGCUAAAGAAGCAGAGGAUGGUGCACGACAAGCACAGAAAGAAUUAGACCGCAUUGCAGCUGCCGCUGCUGCUGCAAAGGAAAAUAAAGAAAGAUUAGCUAAAGUUGCUGAGGAAGAGAAGAAGAAAUCGGAAACUGAAUUAGCUCAGAAAACAGAGGCCAUUAAAAAAGAAGCCGCUCAGACAGAAACCUCUCAACCAGAGACUCAAGAUGAUCCAGCGCCCAACUUCCAGUCAGACAUCGACGGCAUUAUGAGUGAUUACAAAAACUCUGUCGAGCAGUAUAACAGGAAACGUGGAACUGAAGAAACGAGGAUGGACUUGGAUCUUCAGGACAAAUUAAGAGCUAGGAGGCAGAGGAGACGGCAGCAGAUGAAACAGAAAAUACAGGAAGGAAACAUAAAAAUGAAGCAGAUGGAGGUAGAGCAAACAGAAAAUGGUGCUGAAUAAUGAAUACCGUGCUGCCAUUUUGUUAGAAAUAUGUUGCUUAUAAAUACAGAAGUUUUAGAUUUGAUUGUGAACUAUAUUUGGGAAUAAUAUAUUAGACAUGUCUUCAUUUUUUGAUGAAUUAGAUAUUUUUAAUCCACCAGUUUCGAUCUUUAAUUUUAUCAUGCAGGUAUUCAGAAGAAUAUCAUCGGAUUUUGAUUUUGUUUGUUAGAGUUGACUUGUGAAUUUUUUUGUGAUGGUUACGGAUAGUAGUAGAUAUUUGUGUACUAACCGUAGUCGUAGUUUUUGAUCUGUAAAUAAAAUUUUAGGAUACAUUGUAAAUAGUUGUAGAUAACACAUAUGAUCAUCAGAUUUAAUACUAUGUUUAUAAA